UCCAAGGGAAACUUUCGAGUUCGAUGUGCUAAUAUGGACUCCGGACAGUGCCGCCAGAUCCACAUCUGGGUGUCUCUCCGGAUGGAGCUCUUCAUGAAGAUAGAAAUGCAGGAGAUAAUUGAAGAAGCAUUGCAACGUUGCAAGGCCAUCGCCGUGGUGCUCUUUGCAGAAGAUCUGGAAUUGUUAACAGUCAAAUUGAGACUUGAAAUAUCACAGGAACGCAAACUGGCGCAGUAAUCCAUGCCCUCUCUCCAUUUGGCGGUCUUGUCAAAGAACAAAGUGGCCUCUAACUGGCUGUGGCAAGGAUGAGUUUUAGUGCUAUACAAAGUUCUAGCGGCUUCUUCACGCAAGACAACAAGAUCAAGUAUUUUCACUCCGGUAGACGCUCCAAGGCUCUGAAUGUGGGCUCUUUCACCCAAUUCUCAGCAGGCCUUGUGCUGAGAGCUGGACUAGAAGUUCAUGGUACUCUCAGCAUUCAGUCCCAUCCGUCAAGCAAAGAGAGAACUUGGACCCCAGUUUCCUCGGAGCUUGGAAUGGAUCGUUCACAACCAGUGCGAGGAUGGGUCCUGGGAUCAAGGAGAAGAAGAUGUUCAACGGGUUUGCAGCACACUAUCGUGUGUCACUGCUCUGAAAACAUGGAACCGAGGGGAGUGUAGCAUCCAAAGAGGUGUAAGCUUUUUAAUGUCUCGGCUGCCACUAGUUCACAAUAAACUUACAAAAGACAUGAAAGCCAUCUUGCAUAGAUUAUUACAAGAGGGCAAAUCAUUGGAUUUGGAGCUGAAUUAUGACGAAUCUUUUGUUCAACAUAUUUGUGAACAGGGUCAGGAAUUUCUUCAGAGGGUAUCAAAUGACGCGUUGGAGCAGUAUCCGACCUCUUUCGUGCAUAUGCUUGAAGCGUUUCAUGACCGUCCAAAGUGGCAACGUCUUCUCAGAUAUCAAAGUAGCAGUGGAUCUUUAUUCUCUGUAACACUGACGGCGUGCGCGUACAUGCACACUGGAGACAGAAAGUGCCUUCGUUUCCUAAACGGUCUUCUUGAGGGCCCAUUGACCAAACCAAACAAGAACUUGAGUCAGCUGCUGCGACUUAUAGACUGGCUUGAGCAUCUGGGAAUCGAAAGGUUCUUUGAGAAAGACAUCGAGCAAACAUUGAUUCAAGCUUUCAGAUUUUGGAGGGGAAAUGCCGCAGGUAGCGGAAGGCAACAACAUCUAAAAAGCUUUGAAGAUUCUGCUCUUUUGUUCCGGAUUCUUCGUCGUCAUGGCUACGAAGUCUCCCCAGACGUGCUACAUCAACGAACAUUCUGCGAGACACGCGAUUUAAAGGAGCUGUCUUUGGCAUCACAUUUUCUCUUUCCUAGUGAAAGCAGAAAAAUGCUAGACUCGAUUCCAAUCAUUGAUGUCGCGAACCAAGAGACGACGUUUCCAUGGUAUAGUAUACCGCAUCGGGUCCAGCACAUUGAGUACAUGACUAAAUUUAUGGCAAGUAUGGAUUCCAUAAGCAUGAGUGAACGUGCUUCGUUACUGGCCUUCACAAAGUUCGACUUCAAUGCUUGCCAGAAGAUCUAUCAGUCGGAUUUGCAGCGCGUUAUGAGGUGGAACGGAGAGUGCGACUUCGGACGUCUGGGUUUUGCCCGACAGAAAGAAGUGUUCUGUUUCUUUACCGCCGCUGCAACCAUGUUCCAGCCGGAACUCUCGAUGGCUCGCAUUGUCUGGGCACAGAUGAGUGUUCUUACGACAGUCAUUGAUGACUUUAUGGACACGCACGAUUCUCUUGACAAUUUGAGGAACUUUUGCACUGCCGUGAAAAGAUGGGAUCCGUCCGCCUUGGAGCUGAACGAAGCCGCUAGGAUUAUUUUUCAAGGAUUGUUUAAGACGGUUACAUGGACAGCCGAGUGUGCUUCCGCUGUACAAGGCAGAGAUAUGACGGCUAACUUACGAGCUCAAUGGGAAAGACUUUGCGAUGCGUUUUUUCGCGAGGCAGAAUGGAGGUUGACGAAUCACUGUCCCAGCCUCGAGGAGUACAUGGAAAACGGAAUCACGUCCUUCGCGCUGGAACCCAUCAUCUUAUCUGCAAUCCUUUUCCUGGACGGGAAAGUUGAGUCGUCGGUUCUCGACCAUCCGGACUGCAUCAACAUGUACGUGAGGGUCUCAACGAUUGGGAGGCUGCUCAACGACAUCCAAGGCUUUCACCGCGAGAGCAGCGGGGGGGAAUUCUCGUGGAUUGCAAUCUACAUGAAGGAACACCCGGGAACGAGUGUUGAGGACGCUGUGGUGGAGAUAAGAAAGAUUCUGAAUGCGACGAUGGAGGAGCUGGUUGAGGACGUGCUCCGGCCCAGAGCAGUGCCCAAGAGAUGCAAGCGCGUGUUUGAGAACACGAUGAGAAUUCUCAACUUUGUCUACCACAAGGGCGAUGGAUUCAGCACGGACGAGCUACGAGGCCACGUCAAGCAAGUUCUUUACGUGAAACUGGAAUAAUCUUUAACUGGCUGGGCUAAGUAGAAACAAUCAUUUAAAGAUGUUAGAAAUAAUGUUUAAACUGUGCAAUUAUUUGGCAAAUCUAUCUUGAAGGA